CGCCGCCGCCCCGGGCUCCGCGCUGCUGCCCGCCCGCCCGCUGCUGUCGCUCGGGCUGCUGCAGCUGAUCCUGGGCUGCUGCAUGGUGGCGCUCAGCUUCGGGGCGCUGUCGCUGAGCAGCUCUCCGCAGGUGAAGAACUCCUGUCCGUUCUGGGCCGGCUCCUCGGUGAUACUCUCUGGAAUCAUAGGAUUAACAACUUGGAAAAGGCCCAUGAUACUGCUGGUGAACCUCUUCGUGCUGCUCUCUGUGGUUUGUGUCCUCCUAAAUCUCGCGGGAUUCAUCCUUGGCUGCCAGGGGGCGCAGUUUGUGUCCAGCGUGCCCAGGUGUGACCUGGUGGACUUAGGUGAAGGCAAGAUUUGUUUCUGUUGUGAAGAAUUUCAACCUACCAAAUGCACAGACAAAGAAAAUGCCUUGAAACUCUUUCCAGUUCAGCCUUGCAGUGCUGUUCACCUUCUCCUUAAGAAAGUCCUCUUCGCCCUGUGUGCCUUGAAUGCUCUGACCACCACUGUCUGCCUGGUGGCCGCCGCCCUUCGCUACCUCCAGAUAUUCGCCACCCGAAGGUCUUGCAUCGAUGAGUCCCAGAUCUCUGUGGAAGAAGUGGAGGACCACGGCCGCAUCCCAGACCCAGAUGACUUCGUACCGCCUGUGCCUCCCCCCUCCUACUUCGCCACAUUUUACUCGUGCACGCCCCGGAUGAACCGAAGGAUGGUUGGUCCUGACGUCAUUCCGCUGCCACACAUCUAUGGAGCCCGGAUCAAAGGAGUGGAAGUGUUCUGUCCUCUGGACCCGCCACCACCAUAUGAAGCUGUGGUGAGCCAGGUGGAUCAGGAGCAGGGAUCUUCAUUCCAAGUGCCAGAGGCAUCAGAAGCUGCUGCUAGCCCCUUGGAACCAGUUUGUACGCACGUGACUCAAGGUGGGGACAUUCCUAACACACCUGGAGAAGAAAGCACAUCCAUACCACCUCCCAACUCAAGCCCAGCGCAUCCUGCUAGAAGCCGGAGAGCCCUCCCACCUCUGAGGACAAGAACGAAGAGUGAUCCCGUGCUCCACCAUUCCGAGGAGAGAGCCGCUCCAGUGCUCAGCUGUGAAGCCGCGACACAGACUGAAAGGAGACUGGACCUGGCUGCAGUGACCCUGAGGAGAGGGUUGAGACCAAGAGCGUCACGAUGCAGGCCCCGGUCUUUGAUAGAUUACAGGUCUUACAUAGAUACCAAGCUGCUGGUGGCCAGGUUUCUGGAGCAGUCCUCCUGCAGUAUGACCCCUGACAUCCACGAACUUGUAGAGAAUAUUAAGUCUGUUUUGAAGUCUGAUGAGGAGCACAUGGAGGAAGCCAUCACCAGUGCCAGUUUCCUUGAACAGAUAAUGGCUCCAUCGCAGCCCAGCACUGCCCAGGCCCCCGCGCCGCCCUCGAGGAACCAGCCCGGCCUGCUGCACCUGCGCAGCUGUGGGGACCUGAGCACCUUCGCGUCCCCCGUGGGGAGGCCCAGAAGCAGCAGGAGGCCCCGACGAGCGGAGGCUGAGCGGCCACACAGCCUCAUUGGUGUCAUCCGAGAGACUGUCCUGUGAACCAGGGAAGACAGAAGCUGCUCCAAGGACAAAGAUGCCCCUCUUCCCUGUUGUUCACUGGCUGGGAGUUGGGGUCACCCUCUGGAACCCCUUGAAAAUAGGGACAGUCCGGAGCCCGUGUGUUCCCAUUCUUUGCUCCCCUUUUUGUGUAUGGAGGGAACUCGAGUGAAGGAGCAGGUCCUCCCAGGCCUCUUGGGUCUUGGAUGCACUGAAUUGGAGGUGAAGACAGGGGACUCUGUUCCUCCUCAGCAUUUUCACAGCAUUCCUGAGGGUCACGUGCCCCAGUGCGGGCCAAAGCUGUGCCAGUGGUUCUUCGCUCACCUUCCCCUUCUCUUCUCUCCUCAUUGCCGAGUUCUUUGCCUCACGGGAAGGGCGGAGCGCUGGGCUGUUACUCAUAGACGCCCGAGGCCUUUCGUAGCCCAGUGAGAGGAGCUGGCAGGAGAAGGGAUGAUUAACCCCCGUGUGACUGCAAUCCCCAGGCCUCAUUGUAGGUUACCCUCAAAUCACACUCUUUAGGAAAAGAAGGACAUUUUUUCGGUGUCAGCUUCUAAUGAAAGACAUUUAGGGAGAAGAUUAUUGUUGAUUCCAUGUAUUUGUGCUUGCAAAACUAGAACACCUAAGGCAGAAUGGAGAAUAAAAAUGUUUACUUUGGA